GACUAGUGGAUCCGCCAACAUGGCCACUAGCAGUGAAAGUUCAGAGUGCUCAGAGAGCACGUUGAGAAAAAGACGUGUCGAGCCUUUGAAACCAGCGACUAUUACAAGUGACAAUUCUACAAAUGACACAGAGGACACUGGCAAAUAUGAAGAUAAGAAAAAGGAAGCGCUUUCACUACGGACCGGAACUUAUUGGCUCACUCGAAUUGUGCUGCUGCGUUCUAUUGGCUUCAUAUACUUCAUUGCGUUCACUGUGGCCUACAACCAGAACAAGCAGCUGAUUGGCCAGCGAGGUCUGAUGCCUGCCAAGGACUACCUAAACAGUGUGAAGCGCUACGUGGGGGGCAAGAUUGGCAUGGCGGCCUUGGCAUACACUCCCUCCAUACUCUGGUUCAUGGACUGGUCCGCCAUGGAUGCCAACCUAGAUGGUAUCGCCCUGGUGGGCAUGGUGCUGUCAGGGUUUGUACUGGUGACUGGCAUGGCUAAUAUGGUCAUCAUGGUGGUGCUGUGGGUGCUGUACCAUUCUCUCGUCAGUGUGGGUCAGCUCUGGUAUUCCUUUGGAUGGGAGAGCCAGCUGUUGGAGACAGGGUUCCUGGGGAUCUUCCUGUGUCCACUAUGGAGCCUGUCCCAGGUGUCCCCUCGCCACCCUCCCUCAAUCAUCUCCAUCUGGACCUUCAGAUGGCUCAUAGUCCGGAUCAUGCUAGGCGCAGGUUUGAUCAAGAUGAGAGGAGACCGCUGCUGGAGAGACCUUACCUGCAUGGACUACCACUACGAGACCCAGCCGGUACCUAACCCCAUGUCCUACUACUUGCACCACUCCCCCUGGUGGUUCCAUCGCUUUGAGACACUGUGCAACCACGCCAUCGAGCUGGUGGCACCGUUCCUCACCUUCCUGGGGCGCAGGAUGUGCAUGGUCAAUGGAACGCUGCAGAUUCUUUUCCAGGUGGUUAUAAUCGUGAGUGGGAACCUUAGUUUCCUAAACUGGCUGACCAUCGUUCCAAGCCUGGCCUGUUUCGACGACGCGUCGCUAGCCUUCCUGUUCUCAUCUGGGCGUGGGGCCAAACAGGAAGUGCUGAGGCUGCAGGCGGAGGAAGCAGCGGGACAGAGUCCCAAACCUAGCAGAGGUAUGCUGAUAAGGCGGGUGGUGAAUAUAGCUUUGGGUGUUCUGAUUGGCUACCUGAGCGUUCCCGUGGUGCUGAAUCUGCUGAGUUCCAAACAGGUGAUGAACACAUCGUUUGAUCCCCUCCGCAUUGUCAACACGUACGGGGCCUUUGGCAGUAUAACUAAGGAGCGCACAGAGCUGGUUCUGCAGGGCACCCUGAGCUCCGACCCGUCCGACCCAGCGGUGGUCUGGGAGGAGUACCAGUUCCUGUGUAAGCCAGGCGACCCAGAGAGAAGACCCUGCCUCAUCUCGCCCUACCACUACAGGCUCGACUGGCUUAUGUGGUUCGCUGCAUUCCAGACCUACGAGCAGAGUGAGUGGGUGAUCCACAUUGCAGGCAGACUGUUAUCCAACGACACCAGUGUCCUCUCCCUGAUGGAACACAACCCUUUCCAGGACAGAGAGAACCCCAGGUGGGUGAGAGGGGAGCAUUUCAGGUACAAGUUUGCUCCGCCUGGCAGUGCCAGAGCAGCCCAGGGGAAGUGGUGGGUGAGGAAACGCAUUGGCCCCUACUUCCCUCCGGUCAACCUGGAAGGACUUACCAAGUAUUUCCAGUCCAGGAACUGGCCCCACCCACAUAUACCCACACGGUGACCUUUCAACCUUCACCCCAGACGUGUCCACCCAAUGACAUAUUCAACAAUUCAGUUGCAGUAAGGGGCACAUGCUUGCGCACACACGCAUACUGUUCAGACAGACAGGCAGGAUGGAGAUAUGAGACUUUAACAAUUAUAAAUCUUGGAUCUCAGUUCCAGCACCAAAUCUGUUACGUUCCAGCCGGUGUCUCUUGUGAUAUUAAAAAAAACGAUAUUUUGUAAAAUUUUGUUCUUCCACACAAUUCACUAUUCAGUUUGAAGUAUAAAUGAUAAUACUAAGAUAUGACAUUGAUAUGUUGAUUGUGUGCCUUCUUGUGUAGAUAAAGGACAA